AUGGUACGACCCACGUCUUGGGAGAAGACACGAUCAUGCUUCUCUCUGUUCCUUCACGCAAAAUCUACACGCUGGCCCAACAGCACCCGGACCGCGACCGAUGCACUCCUCGUUCUGUCUAUCCUUGUCGCUACAGCGCAGUUCGGUCUCUGUAUCGCUAUGGCACACCGGUUACUUAGCUCACCCCACGAGGUUCAGUGUUGGAACGUGAGCAACACUGGCGAUUUUGACUUCAGCGGCUUUGGUCUAGGGUCCAGCCCAUCAGACUUUGUGUUCCAGACAGAAACCAAGAACUUGCCGCUUACCUAUGCAAACCUGGACAAGGUUUUCAAUGUAGGAAGAGCUGAAGAUACUGGGGGAGGAUAG